GGGAGUCAAAUCUAGGUGUCUCCAGAGUCGUGAUUCCGAGUGACCCAUGUUUUUGUGGAUCUACACUUGUCUUAAACGCGUUCGGAAGGCGGAAUUCAAAGUUCGAGAGGAGCAAAUAACUAGCUCUCAAUCACUUCUCAUUCUAUUGCUUUAUUUAUUUAUUUAUUUUUUCCGGCACCAGGAAUCGAACUCACCACCUUGCGCUUGCCGGGCAGGCUCUGUGCCGCUGAGCUAAAUCCCCAGCCCCUCUUCUAGGGACGCUAAACGGCCACUCACAUGUCCUUCUCCGGCCUCCAUAAGGGCGUCGCUCGGGUGAUAAAGAACGGCCCACCCAUCGGAAUCUCGGGAAGUGUAGUUUUCCCAUACCCCGGACGCUAGGAUGUGACGGCGGCGAGGCACUGCAUUUCCCAAAAGGCUGCGCUUCCGGUGACGUUAGCAGGCGACGGGCGGGGGUGGUGGGAAAGGCCUCGUCCGAGCUUUAUAAAUUCUCAAGAGGAAGGAGUGAUCGUGGACACAGACUUCUGGCAGCGCGGUUUGUGGGUUCAUUGACUUGGCGGACUUGGUCGCGGAGGGCGUAGCGUCUCCCGAAGAGCUCUGCUUCCGGUCCGCAAGUAGAAAGCUAAGGUGCUUCUCCUUUAACUGAAGUGGGCGGGGCGCAGCGGCGCGUCCUGCGUUGCUAUUGGCGGCGGUUGGGGGCGCGGAAAACGAACCGGAGCAACUACCGCUGCAGCUACCCUGGGCGUCUCGGACGCCUGCCAUGGCCGCGCCCUGCCCGGACCCCUCACUGGAGAGGCAUUUUAAAGGCCACCGAGAUGCUGUCACCUGUGUGGACUUCAGUUUCAAUACGAAGCAACUGGCCAGUGGCUCCAUGGAUUCCUGCCUCAUGGUCUGGCACAUGAAGCCCCAGGCACGUGCGUACCGCUUCACAGGCCACAAGGAUGCUGUCACCUGUGUGAACUUCUCCCCCUCUGGACAUUUGCUUGCCUCAGGCUCCCGUGACAAGACUGUCCGAAUCUGGGUACCAAACGUCAAAGGUGAAUCCACCAUGUUUCGUGCACACACGGCCACGGUGAGGAGUGUCCACUUCUCCAGUGAUGGCCAGUCCCUUGUGACAGCCUCUGAUGACAAGACAAUCAAGGUAUGGUCAACACAUCGCCAGAGAUUCCUGUUCUCACUGAGCCAGCAUAUCAACUGGGUCCGCUGUGCCAGGUUCUCCCCUGACGGGCGGCUCAUCGUGUCUGCCAGUGAUGACAAGACCGUCAAGCUGUGGGAUAAGACCAGCCGAGAGUGCGUCCACUCGUACUGUGAGCAUGGCGGCUUUGUUACCUAUGUGGACUUCCACCCCAGUGGAACAUGUGUUGCCGCUGCCGGCAUGGACAACACUGUGAAGGUGUGGGAUGUGCGGACUCACCGGCUGCUGCAGCAUUAUCAAUUGCAUAGUGCAGCGGUGAAUGCCCUCUCUUUCCACCCAUCGGGAAACUACCUGAUCACAGCCUCCAGCGACUCAACGCUGAAGAUUCUCGACCUGAUGGAGGGCCGGCUGCUCUACACGCUGCAUGGACAUCAGGUGAUGGUUUGGAAGAGUAACUUCGAUGUUGUUGAUUAUGGAGAAGGAAUAAAAAUGCCCAGGCCCCCAGCCGCACUGGGCACCUCUGCAGGGAAUCUGCCAGAAGUGGACCUCCCCAUCCCCUCAAGCAGAGGCAGGAGUCUGGAGUCGGUGCCAAGCCAGCCCCAGGAGCCCAUCAGCAUGCCCCAGACACUGACCAGUACGCUGGAGCACAUCGUGGGCCAGCUGGACGUCCUCACUCAGACAGUGUCCAUCCUGGAACAGCGGUUGACACUAACAGAAGACAAGCUGAAGCAGUGUCUGGAGAACCAGCAGCUAAUCAUGCAGAGAGCGACAUCAUGAUCAGGGGAGCAAGAAUCAGGAGCUCGGGUGAUUUGGGGGGCGGCAGGCCAGGGAUUUGUACUAUGGGACUUGGGGAAAUAAAGGAAUUCAGCUCUGAGGGAAUCAUAUCCGUACUGAACCCCAGGGAUUAAGGGCUUGUGCCCUCCACCUUGCUGUUUGCGCGAGGAGCCCCUCCACUUGCAGCAGCAGCCUCCAGGCCGGGGUCCACACAGAAGGGGUGCUGGGCCCGACUAGCAGGACUGCGCUUAGUUUGGCGUAAAAGAGCUACAUGAAGAGUCUGCUGCAAAGACCUAAGACUGCAGGCCUCUCUCUGGAGAGCCUUGCCUUUCACUCGCCUUGCCUUUCAGCCACGUCUCAGGCUUUGCUCCUAGUGUGGCUUGGAACUUGACUGCUCUUUGGUUGGAUAGACCAGGAGUUCUCUCUACAUCUGACAAACGCUCAUCUGAGUCAGGUUUGUCCAGGAAUAAACAAGCUCUGUAGAGUGGGCAGUGGCCUUGAUUCCUGUUCCACAUAUGUUCACUGGGGGUUGGUGACUUCCUCCUGUCUGCAUGUGUGAGAGCAAAGGAAUGUGAAAAUUAAAACUGACUUUAUAGA